AUGGGGUACGUUUCUUUACAGGUCGUUCUAGCAGGCCUAGCUGGGUAUGCCUUUGCUGGCAUCCACCAUCCUGAGCAUGGCCAUCGCCACUUGAUGCUGCCUAUCGAACACUUGGAAAUUCGAACUUUAGCCUGGAAUUAUAUGAACAAUAAUCCAGAUGAUGUUGUAGUUGAAUCCAUCACGCUCACCACCACCACGACGAUUUUAGGAAACUGCGUCCCAACUAACGCCAUUCAUUCCACGCUUACACUCAUCAGGCAUAGACCUGAGCCCACCUUGGGUACGCACGAUCAUCCCGUGCUUGACCUCGCGCGUCCCGAGGCAUACGAGGACUACUGGCAUCAACGUGAAUCGCAGCCGGAGCCUGUUCUCCGUGCGCCGACAAAUCCAAGACCGGCACAACCGGAGUUCACUCAGCUCAUCCCCCCGGCUCCGACAAUGACGACUAUGUUCCAGACACCAAAAAUAACCAAAACCACAACGAAUACCGUCAAGGUGACCGCCUACCCAGGAGGUAGCCCUGUGCCACGUUCAAAUAUACUCCCCGGGAAUCCCUCGACGGCAGAAAAAGCAGCGGCCCUUGCAGACACGCUGCCAAAGGGCUCUUUCGAAGAAAAGAAAGCCGUUCCAGCAAAAAGCCUUCCGCUAGUACCUCACAACAAUCACGGCGGGCCCAUCAACGCUGUGCUCGAUCUCCCGAGCAAGGUCCUCCCCGAUCUUCCAGUAAUCAACCAGAUUCUCUCAGGCCCAGAUCCAGAUGGGCCUACCUCAGCGGACUGGACCGCAACACCGCCGGAAGGCCAGUUCUCAACAAGCAACUUUGGAGAGCGUACUCGGCCCAAAGGCAAGGGCACGGAGGUCCAAUACCAGGGAAAUGUCGGCAAGCCCUGGGGAAGUAACAUAAUCACGGUCAGUCCGAGCGAGGCACACAACUACAAGUACGUGGCGGAGUUCACGGGGCCAAACGAGGAGCCUUGGACGGUGGUUGUGUGGAACAAGAUCGGGCCCGACGGCAAGCUGACCGGGUGGUAUGGUCACUCGGCUCUGAGUUUCACUCUUGCACCCGGUGAGACUCAAUAUGUGGCCUUUGACGAGGACUCUGAGGGGGCGUGGGGUGCUGCUCCUGGUGAUCACCUACCUACUGAUCAAUGGGGUGGAUACUCGUGCACGUGGGGCGAGUUUGGGUUUGGUGAUGGGGAGAAUAACGGCUGGUCGGGAUGGGAUGUUUCGGCUAUUCAGGCGCAGAUUGCGAAUCAGCCUGUGCAGGGGAUGUCUAUCUGUCGGGCUGAUGGGAAGGGGUGUUCGAUUAUAACGCCCGAUGCUAAGAAGGUGGUUGAUGCUUAUGUCAAGUCGAAGAAACACCUGGAUGGUAUUGGUGGUGCGGUGUCCCCUGGUCCUGUUCGGCUGAAAGUGCUGCUUGACUAUCGGGAGUGA